GCUUUCUUCCGGCUGCGCGGCUUCAAGCUGAAAAACCAGAAAGUAAACAAGCGUGAGCGCUAACGUCUGACAGGCUGGUCGAUGAGGAGAUUUGCAGAUGUCUUAUUACAUGUUGGCUCUGUAGUUGACGUGACGCUAGAUUCCUAAUAUGAUAUCUGGACUGUCUUCCGUUUCAUGAUUUUCUUGCAACUCGCACCAAUGAUUGAUCCUAAAGAGAUGCAGACUAUCCGGCAUUCUGAAGACGCACUGAGGACUGCUCUGGUCUCUAAGAGACAAGAUUUGAUGGACCGCUACAACAAGUAUAGCCCCGGGGAGCAACGGCUACUAGAAGAUUGCCUGCGCCCUGAUAGUACACUCUUCCAUCCCAUUACAUUGCAUUCCCCAUCAGAUUGGAUCAUAUCUCAUCCAGAAUCUACACAGGACUUUGAAGCUUUCUACAAGAACCCCUAUCGGAAGACUCCCAACAAAGGAAGGAAUACCGUGUAUAUUCAGACAGUUGGUUCAUUUGGCUCUUCUGAAGAUAGCACCAGGCUGUAUGUAGAGUGGCUGCAGGAGUACUGUGAAGCGUUUUAUUAUGGUCUUGCAGUCAGACUCCUGGAGCCAGUUUCUGUUUCUGAAACGGCUUGUGCCUUCCGGAUCAAUGAGAACACAUGCAAUUUACAGGUACAUGCAGGUAGUCUUCUUCAUUACUUGAAGAAGAGGAAACCUAAAGAUGCCUUCUGCAUUGUAGGAAUCACAAUGAUCGAUUUGUAUCCUGAAGACUCCUGGAACUUUGUAUUUGGACAAGCUUCUCUUACAGAAGGGAUGGGCAUUUUUAGUUUUGCCAGGUAUGACGACAACUUUUAUAGUCGUGAGUACAAAGGCCGGAUACAGAAAUCAAAGAAGCUGACUCCUGGAGACUAUUCCAUAUUCAACAGUUACUAUACCCCACCUGUAACCAGUGCUCUACUGUAUCGCUCAUGCAGAACACUGACACAUGAAAUUGGUCAUAUUUUUGGGUUGAAGCACUGCCAAUGGAUGCAAUGUGUGAUGCAAGGGUCAAACCAUCUUGAGGAAUCAGACCGAAGACCCUUGGACCUUUGCCCUAUCUGCCUGCGCAAGCUGCAAUCCGCUACUGGUUUUAAAAUUGCCGAAAGGUACAAGGCCCUGCUUCGGUGGAUAGAAAGUGAUUUAACUACAGACACCCAUAUGGAAGCUGCGAAAACAGCUCAGAAACCCACUGCAGCAUUUGAAGAAUCUAGAAAGUGGCUAAUGGAAUGCUUGUGCGUGAUUGGUGACUAAUAUCCCUUAAAUGGAUCUAAGACGGCAGAAAGCUUUUAACCUCUUGUGCCACAAAGAUGUAAUUGUCAACCAAUUUGUAUACUGUUCAAAAAAAGGAGGGGAACACUUAAUUGAUGAUCACAGUCUAACAUCAAGUCAAUUAAGCUUGAGGAAUAUCAAUUUGUCCAGUUAGGAAGCACAAGAGAUUUUGAAUCAUCGUUGCCUGAUUUGAUGCAAAUGAAAGUGACAACUGGUGCAUUGGAGAGGCAACAGCAAGACAACCCCCAAAAAAGGAAAUGGCUUUGCAGGUGGUGGCCACAGACAGUUUUGUAGACAGUCUACAGUUUUGCAUUUUGCCAAUGUCCUUGUCACUACUGGUAGUAUGAGGCAAUACCUGCAGCCAGUUCAAGUUGCACAGGUAGUCCAGCUCAACCAGGCUAGCACAUCCAUACGUACUGUUGCAAGAAAGUUUGCAGUGUCUCCCGGCACAGUCUUAAGAGCAUGGAGAAGAUACCAAGAUAUGGGCCGUUACAUGAGGAGAGCUGGACAGGGCUGUAGAAGAGCAUCCUCCCAGCAGCAGGACCAGUAUCAUCUUCUUUGUGUGAAGAAGAACAAGAGAGAGCACUGCCAUAGCCCUACAAAAUGACCUCCAGCUGGCUACAGGUGUACAUGUCUCUGACUAAACUAUCAGAAACAGAAUGCCUGGACAUCAGGAGUGCACACAAGCACAUGGGGGCCAUACACACUACUGAGUCACAUUAGGCAUUGUUGUGAUGAAAUUCACGCAAGUUGGAUCAACCUGUGAUUUCAAUUUCUGAUUUUGAUUUUUGGUGUGAUGUUAAAUUUUUGUUUCCAUUGACCAUUGUUACAUCAUUUUGUUCUCAAUGAAUUACACAGUAUUACACAGCAAAGAUUUUCCACUUGAAUAUUUCGAGAUCCAAUGUGUCAUUUAAGUGUUCCCUUCAUUUUUUUGAGCAGUGUAUUUACUAACUGUACAACCUGUCUAUAUGGUAGUAGCAGCUAAUAGCUACCCCCUGUACGUGUCUGAUCAUAUUUAUAUAAGCAAAGUGAGUGACUGACAUGUAAAAUCAUUUACUUGGUCUGUUUAAUCACACAUUAAAGAAAAAAAAAAAGGAUCGGGGACAUUUAUUUAUUUAGAAAAAAUUCAAUAGUUUGGCAACAGUAACAACCCUGGCAAACACAUCAUUCACGGUAAGAGGGAGAGUUUGUAAUUUAAUAUUGCCAUAUACACCCUUUCUUAUCUAUACUCUAAUGAACUGAUAAAAUGUACAAACGAAUAAAGCAUUUGACUCAAAAAUACUGAAAUCAAACAUGAUUACAAAAGUGCAAAAGUUGCAAAGAUACCCUUCCCAAUAAAAUGACAUAACAAGACCAAUAAAAGUUUCGUGUUAUCUCCUGAAACUAGGACACACAUUGAGGAGUACAUUCUUGCCAAAGGUAUCAGAUAUAUUUGAACUUGUUGUAAAACAUGAAAAAAAUGUAGUUUCAGAAAGAUCCAUAUGGGAGUAGACAAGUACUGCAUGUUAAGGCCACUUUAUUUUAUGUAUCAAAUAACUGUCAGUUUGCUUGAAAAUGCACUGCACUUUCAGAAUAGAAUUGUAUACACUUUUUAAAAAUAUCUGGGAUAUUAGAACUGGAGUUUUUUCUUAUCUACUAUAUGCAUUAACAAAAAUACACGUAAUUUCAACUCUGAGUGUAGGGCCAGGAAUCCACAACUAUGAAAGAUUUCUUGUUGAAUUUCUGUUGUGGCUGCUCCUUGUACAUACAGUAGUUAGUUUGCUUUUCCUGAGGUCUCUAUUCAGAUGUUUACUUCAUUUUUAAGUUGAAAACUGUUGUUAUAUG